ACUGACAACACCUGUAUUCACACGCACACUCUCUCUCACCCCUAUACAAAUUCCUAUUACUCGACCAACUCUAAAGCUACUACAAAUUCACCUAAACUUCUACGAAUUGACAAGACACUACGCUCACCAUGGCCCCGCCGAAGCUCCAGCUUAGCGACUUCUGGCUGCCCUGCCUCGUCCUCCUCGUCUUCUGGGCGCGCCCUACGGCGGCCUUUGGCGCUGGUAACAUUGCCAGCCUAAGCAAGAUCGAGGGGCAGAGAUGGCGCCAUGGCGAUAUCGAAGACACGCUGCUCACCCUCAUCAUUUCGAGCCAGACCGGCAAGAAGUUCAGCAAGAUGGACGUCAAACGCGUCUACUUUGGCAACUGGCUGCGCGACUACUCGCAGGCGGUUGAUGUCGGGACCGUCAAAAUGGUGUCGGCCGAGGCUAUCCGGAUCCUGCUUUGGGUGCUAGGGUUUUUGAGCUUUGGCUAUGGGACGAAGGAGUUCGAGGUUACGCGGGACAGGCUCGGGUGCUACCGCCCGGAAGAGCAUAUUGACAAUCCUAAGGACUACGCCGACAAUCUCGACGCGAGGCAGUACGACCGUCGCCUCCGAGCACCCGUCGACGAGAGGCGCGAGCUAGGCAUCGAUGAGCGCACCGGCCUAAAGAACUACAUCGCUUCGGAAGAUAUGGGAAUAACCACCUCGGCAGAAAUGGUCCGCAACCUUCUCCGUCGCUGCAUUGACUUGGCCCGGCGUUCCGGCUGCAGCGGACCGGACUUUUACGAGGCACUUCGUCUCCUCGGUACGGCCACGCACUGUUUGGAAGACUAUUCCGCUCACUCAAAUUACACUGAGCUCGCGCUGUUGGAAUUGAAUGAAGAACAUACACGCGCUAUCUUUCCGCAUGUCGGCCGUAAUGCCAUGUUCCGCAUCCAGGGAGUCCAGAAGCCCGUUUAUCCCAUCGUAACCGGCACAUUUGGCGGCGUCGACUUCUUGCAUUCCGUCUGUGGCGAGAUCAGCGACAAGGCGACCCAAUCUGAGCUCCAGGAACUUGAGGGCGCCAUCAAUGACGCCGACCGAAACAAGAACAAAAGCCAAAUUAAGGAGCUUCUUGGCAAGCUCCCAGACGGGAUUUUCGGCGAUAAAGACCAGGCUGGCAAGGCCGAUGAGCUCGAGCAAAACGCUCAAGCCGCUCAAAUGAGCAAUAUGCACAUCACGCCGAAGGAGCCCGAAGAGUUCACCCAGCAGAUCGGUGAGCUUGUGAAGCAGAUCUACCCCAUCAUGGAGUUCCACGACGAGAUCAUGCAAUCCAUCUCCGAGUUCAUGGAGAACAUACCCAUCUUGCCUGAGCUACUUGAGCAGGUCCAGGAGCAGGUCAAUGUUUUCGUCUUCAGUCUCCUAGCCCCUUUUGUCCUGCCAAUCCUUGACCAGGUGAAGACUGAGCUCGAAACCGGUUCCAGCGAGGUCAUUGCCAGCGCCCGUGAGAAGCAACACAUUGUCUUCAAUGACGACAACUGCACCGAUCCGACCCACAGCAUGCUUUCAAAGGACCACUUCACCAACAUUCUCAAUGAACCUGCUGGCCAAGUCGCGUCCGAAGUCCUGAAGUGGGCUGUACCGCAAAUUGUCUCUUGCUGGGAUGGUGAGGCCGACCCAGAAACGACCAUCAACCGCAUCAUUCAGGGUGUCUUCCAUCACCCCGCCCAACGCAGCCACGACGACAAAGUUAUUGCACAGGGCCGCGAUAUCAUGUUCCGCACUGUUAAGAAUUGGUGGGAUUCAUUCCAGGAACACGAGAAGGAGUCGCUCGCGGGGCAGCUUGGUCGUGAAGGCGUGCAGCAAGGCCAAAACCACAAAGGGGACAUACAUGACAAAGGUCAUGGAUGCGGCAAGCCCAUUACUAUGGCCAAUGACUUCUCCGGCCUUAUUGGCGGCGGUGGUAAGGGUAGAGGUAAUGCCCAGUUUCAGCAAGUAAGCAACGAGGCAGGCAAGAUUGCGAGCGAUGCCGUUGGUGGUGGGGUCUUGGGUGGUGUGGUUUCGGGUCUCGUCGGCGGAAUUGGAGGCUCUCUCCUUGGCGGAGCUUUUGGCGACGAAGAGAAGAAGAGUAAGAAGAGUGAUAAGUACGGCGACGACGGUUCUUACACUCAGUCCUACUCGGAGUCCGGCCAUCACAAGAAGAAGUCUCAGGACGACUCCGAACGGUAUGGCCAAGCCGAGUACCGGCAGACGCAAUAUCCAGGAGGAGGACGUAGCGAGGAAUACUCCCGCACUGAGCAGGAUCAGCGCGGCGGCUCUUACGGUUACCAGCAACGUGUCGAGACUUCCAGCUACGGCGAGUCCGGAGGCUAUGAGCGCCGCGAAGAACGCCGCUACGAGAGUGGCAACCAGUGGGAGUCCGAGCAACGCCGCGAAGGUUUCGACCAGCAAGGAGAGUACUAUGAAGAGAAGAAGAAGUAAGCCAUGCUUACGCCUGUUCCUUUUAGAGUACUAAUGAAGAAACAGGAAGCAUGGAAAGAAAUACGAUAGCGGCUCCGAGGAGGAGAAGUCUGGGGACGAAGACGAUUAUGAGAAGCGCAUGAAAAAGGAGCGAAAGAAGCGUGAGAAGGAUGAGAAGAAGAAAUACAAAAAGCACGGCAGCGGCGACGAAGACUCCGACGAUGAUGCCUACAAGCGUCGCUCGGGUUC